UGAUGCUAUACAUAUACAUUGACCGGUCUACCCAACCAAAACUUCGACCCGUGCGAUGUCGAACUAUAUUGACCGCAAAGAAAAGCAGAAUAUAACGCGACACACAAAACAAGAGAGUGAAUGCCGCUGGGUGGUGUACAAUAUUACAUAACCAUCCCGAUCUUCGGUUCGACACAUUCUCCUAUACUUUCAAACAUCAACUACGAGAUGAUACUUCGUCAUUCACAACGAGCUUUUGAUCUAGCUUCCACUACAUGGUAUUAUCUUCAGUUAUUCCAAAAUACUGAGGAUAUCUUGGAAUUGCAUUUCACUGCGUCGACGCUUCUUUUCUCUAGCUGAAGGCUUGGGAUUACAAAUAUAGCCGUAUACGAGCCCAACCCCCGCCCAGUUCGAUAUCGGUAUCGCGAUUGGUGGGGAUGCGAAGGGCCCAAUAUCUUUUCAGCUACCCUGCGUACCGGCUUCACUUGUAUAUGCUCUGCCCACAUCUUCUACAGAAUUGUUGAUGGAAUAGAUUGUCACAGCUCAUGGAGCCUCAAGAUCCUGAAUGCAGGCAUCACGACGUGCACAUCUUCGACGAUAUUCGGUGCUGUCUUGCUUGCGGAGAAACUGUCUUCGAUUCAACCCCUAACUUUGACAUCGCACCGCAGCAUGGAGAAGUCACUCCCUAUCAGUAUGCAGAACUCAACUACGCCCUCGGUCAGGAGGUUCGGUUGGUGGUUCUGUUUCCUGGUCAGCAAUCUGAUGACAUCUUGAUCGAUAUAGUGCACGUCAAUUUGAUGGACAGGCCUUCAUAUGAAGCGACAUCUUACGCGUGGGCGAAUCAGGAAGCGGAUGCCUCACUUUCACAAUCUGUAUACUGUCGAGGGCGAUAUAUUCCCGUCACCAAAAAUUGCGAAGCGGCGUUGAGAUGUUUAAGAAGGAAGGGUCGCAAGCGAUAUCUGUGGGUGGAUGCGAUCUCGAUCGACCAAGGGAAUAUCGCUGAGCGCAACCAUCAGGUCGCGUUCAUGAGCGAAAUAUACCGACGUGCUUCCCAAGUCCUAAUUUAUCUAGGGGGUUCUACCGAAGAAACGAAUACGAUUUUCGAUUACUUGAACGGCGACGCCUUAGCUUUGCAUCAGAUCAAGCGUGACAAAGUACACCUUGUUGUCAAAGCGUUCGUUAAUUUGAGAUGGUUCAGUCGAGUAUGGGUGUUACAGGAGGUGGCUUUCGCUCAACUGGCGACAAUCAUUGCGGGCGAUAGGACUGCGCAAUGGACUUCGGUCUCUAUUGAUAAAGUGCUUCAUCUCUGCAAGAAAACGCAUAUAUUCACCCCAAGUGCUCUGCGGUUCACCCCAGCGAGUCAGCCCAAUGGUUUUAUUCUCGACGUGCUCCACAAGAGUAGGAAUUGCUCCGCCACUGAUCCGCGAGAUAAGGUUUUUGCUGUGAUAGGUCUUAUGAGCGAAGAAGACAGGCUGGCUCUAACCGUGGAAUAUUCCUUGUCGUGUGCUCAAGUAUUCCUUGGUUUGGCAGUGUACAUGAUCGAUGUACGCAAGGAUCUCAAUCUCAUUAGAUACGCUACAUGCCAACACGGUAACUGGCAUGCGCAUGCAACUUCGAAAGAAAGAAAUGAGAUUCCCACUUGGGUGCCUCGAUGGGAUGUCUGGACUCCGUUCGAACCUCUGCCGCCUGAUACAGAUCUUGUAACUCUGCAAGAACGAUAUCUCUCACCAGGGCCCUCGUUUCAAUCGCUAAUUGCUACUGAAAUCAGUACAGAAGCUGCCAGCAUGCUUUUUCAGUACCUACCAUCCGCUGAUAUUAUCAUGCCGACAGCCGCGUGGAGCGACUGGCUAAACUUGUGGCUACACGAAGCACCCUACAUCACAGAACGCCCAAGCUCCCAGUGGGUACGAGACAUGUCACUAGCUCUUACCCAGGCUCGUGCCCCAAAACUCGUAAAAAUGGUGUGCAGCCGCUACGUGAACCCCAAAGUCCUAUCUCUAGCAUUAUGGACAGAAGCAUGGGACCCAUCCCCGACCUCCAGUCCACCUUGCCUCCGCGUAUACGCACAUCGUCUCGCAACUGUCAAAAACUCUGCAAGCGGAACACCAAUGAGAGGUCUUACUUCCUUGCCUGCUCAAUACUCGCGGGCACUGUUUCCUGUCCGUCGCUACUGUAGCAUGUGUGCUCAACACUUCGUCGCAAAGCCCAUCUGCCAGACAAAUCCCAGCGUACAAACCUCGAUUAUCGAAGAAUUCAAACGCGAAGCUACGAAAUUCGGACUCGAGAAAUUUCCCUUCUCUACUGGUGAAUCUCUUGGGUUUACGCAGGCGCAGGUCAAUGCGGGCGAUACAGUAUGGCUGCUACCUAACGUCAAUGUUUUGUUCUUGCUGAGAAAGGUUGAGCAACAUUAUGAGAUGAUUGGAGAAUGCUAUUUGUACCGGGUUUUGAGACCACAUCCGUGUCUUUGCUGUGGCGUGGAAGUCAAAAAGUGGACAACUGUUUCGGAGAUAAUCGAUAUCUGGUGA